GCUGUUGGGACCCGGUUCUUCCGCCUUCCGGGUGGGCUGCUCUUGCGCCUGCGCAGUUAACAGUUCCAAGAAAGCUCCCGCGGUAGUCUGAGCAGUUCACUCUAGAGAAUGGUCUAGGAUCCUGGAGUCUUUCCAAUAGAACGCCGAGAGGCUCGAACGGGACGACUGUAUUUUAAAGGGCUGGGAGGUAGCUUGCUAAAGGAACUUCGAUUAGACUUGGGAAGGUCGGUGGGGAGUCCUGGCAGGCGCCCGUAUGGCCAGUUGCCUCGUCUCCCGACCCCCACCAGAGGUAGUGCCGGGGAAACUGAGGAAGAAUCCAGCCUUCCACGCAGUCUCGAUCCCCUGCUCAGCCACUUUAGUGCUGGGCUUUGGCCACAGUUCCCGCAUGGACUGUGCGGACGUGCACUCCCAUCUUCGCGGAGAAAACUCUGCUUUGUCCUUCUGCAUUUGGCUUGGGGUGACUUGGUCGAAUGUUUCCCUUCUCAGGGUCUCGAGUUUUCCCAUCUGUAAAAUGGUUUGAGGGGAGACUUGGUCCUUGAACUCGGGCUCAAUCUCAAAGCGCUUUUCGGCCCUCGGAUGCACCUCCCGGUCUUCAGCUGCUCCCCAAGGGACGGGGGAGACUCCUGGGAAUCUUCCCAAACCGGGCGACCUCCCUGAAAGGGCCUGUGGCGGGAGAGGAGCCGCCAGAGGAUAUUAUCUGCAGGUGUGGAAAGGAUCUGCUUAAGAACGCCCAGUCACAUUAGAAUCUUGGUCUAGUCUGGCGGUUUAAGCAACACACCUUACUCGGAAGCUACAGCCCCUCGUUGCCCUCCCCUCCCCCUCAUCCUCCUUUCCAGCUUAGUUUUCUUCUGUGUCAGGCUCACUCCUACACCCUUCCUUCCGGCCACCUUGCCAGCUAGGGAUUAACUCUUUUUCACACAUGAGGAAUAAGAGGCCCAAGUAAGUGAAAGGACUUGUCCCAGGUCACAGAGCAUGGCACUGGCCAAAUGGACUACAAGGUGUGUCUCCCACAGCAGUGCCCUCUCUCCUGCUGCCCACAGCCCAGCAAGGGCAGUGACACAGUGAGGCCACUUGGUCGUGAGUAAGGUUAGCAGCUGGGGUUAAGACCAGGGCUCAGGGCAUUCAGUGUGGGACUCUCUCCUUUCCUCCCUGUACCCCGCCAUUUAAUGAACCUGUUCCGGAACCUCACUGGGGGGCACUCCUCCAGUCCCUCCCUCUGCAGCCGUGGAGAGAGUGAGGACAGGGAGUAUGAGGUUUCUUUGAUACUCACAGAGCUGGCUGAUCGUCCUGUGGUUCUGGGGAGAAUAGGUGUGAAGGACAGAGCAGCAGCAUCCCCCAGAGUGAGGGACACUGGCAUCUUUUUCUCCUCCUUCCUGCAGGACUGGGAGAGGAGCACAGGCCCAGCCAGUUUGGCAGCAGGGCUGCCUGAAUUUCCUCUCCAGAUCUCAGGCCUGAUUAGGUUCCAGAAACAAAGAGUGGCCGUGUGUGCUGGAGGCACCCAGCGCAGCCCCUCCCUUCUGGGUCCCUGCCUGGAAUUGGUCACCUAGCUGGGCUGGAAGGGCCUCUGAGCAAGUUGCACCAGAACCUCCCUCCUUUAGUCUGCCCUGAGCUGCAGAAGAGAGCUAGUCCAGUCUAACAAGUACAGAUGAGGGCACUGAGGCCCAGAGGGGGCGCCUGACUGGGCUUAGGUCACACAGCAAAGUCCUGGGCAGAGCUGGGUCAGACCAGGUCUCAGGCCUAGAAGACCAGCACCCUUUCAUAUGCCCACACCUGCCUCCCAUUCCCUCUGCCCCAGAGCAAGCUCUUGGAGGCCCAGCAAGGACCUCGGCGAGCAGCUUCCCUGAGUGGUAAGGUUAAGCAAGGAAGGGCUGGCAUUGUGAGUAGCCACAGUAAGUUCUGCAGCCCCAGCUCCUGUCGCACCCCCUGGCCAGGCCCUGACCUGUGUGCUCUACCUUCUCCCUCACAUUUAUUACCCUCCCCCCACCAUCCCCAGUCUCUGUUGAGGGUCUGGGGGAGGGAUUCAUCCACCCCACUCCAGCUCCAGGCUAGAGAUGAGGGUUGGGGGGGGGGGUGCUGAAGGCUCAAAGUUCCAGACGCCCAUGCCCAUCCCCUCAUCUCCUUUUAAUUCCCAAAUGUGCGGGGAGCCACCAUCAGUCUCCAUGGCAACCACUCCCCCUGGCCUCCAAAACUGGACCUUCCUGGAAAACCCCCAUCUCCCAGAGAAAGGUAUCCCAGCAUCUUGAAGGAGGAGACUUGGGGGUUCUCAUGCUGAACUGCUUUCCACAGCAUCUUUUGGGGUUAGGGUCUCUCAGGCCCUCACUUUUUAUUGGUGAAGUUGGGCUACCCCGGGUCUCGGAGAGGCCUGGUGAGUCCCAUCCACUUUCAGUGCAUACUUAGGGCUUCAUGGGUGCUGGACCCUGGUUGGGCUCUGGCGCCCAGUACAGAACGAGAUAGACAAGGCUCCAGGCCCACAAGCAGCCUUCUUCGGGGGGUGGGGGGAUCUAUAAACAAGUCCACAAGGUCAACUUCAGAGGAGUGCUAGGAAUAAAAUAAACCAAGGGAUGUGGAAGGAGGAGCUGGCCUCGGGAGAAUCUGGUAGAAUCCAGGCAGAAGGAGCAUCAGGGGCAAGUCCAGGGGCAGGAAGCCCUCAGAGAAGAGCAGCAGGCCACUUUGCCUUCAGGGAAGAGCCUAGGAAGGGGUCUGGGGAAAGGGUGGGUGUUCUAACAGGCCACUUCUCUUCUCAGGGGAGACUAAUGCCUGCAUCACAGGCCUGAGGGGAGGGUUAACUGAGAUGAGGCUCCUCAAACCUCAGCGCAGGGCCUGGCACGGAGAAUGUGCGCUCAGCCAACCGUGACUGUUCUUGUGCACCGCCAGAGCGCCCACCACUCCCGCCAGGGCCGAGGCCAGGCUGCGGUCGGCUGUGGGGUGCAAGGUGGGGCAGGGUUAGAAAUGCAGUCCCAGCCACAGUCACAGUGCACAGGUCUAGGCAAGGGUGGAGAAUCCCGGUCCCCGCGUCAUGGAGCCCCCUUGCCAGCUCCCGGGCAGGAGACGACCUUUGCAAGGCGGCUUUGUCCGGGCCGCGCAGCCAGGCGGGCCUGCACAGGGGUGGAGCGGCCCGGGAGCUCCAGGUGCUCCGAGGCUCCCGGGCAGGUCUCGGCCGGCCCCGCCCCCAGUGCCCAGAGCAGGUGUCCCUGACCCUCGAGGGCCCGCAUUCCACUCCUUCCUCCUUAGCCCGGCCGUCCCUUUGAUCCCGGGCCCGGGGUCACGGGCCCCUCCCCCGUUGGGACGUUAAGGGGAGGAGAUGGGGCCCCCGAGCUGCGAAGAGGGGGAUGGGCUCAGGGCAGGUGGCGGGGACUGGGCCUUCCUGGGUGGCUGCUCCCGCUCCCUCCAGCCAUCCCGGGGGAUUCCCCUCCUGGGCUUGUUGGGGGGGGCCGUCGGAAGCCGAGGCAGGGGGUGGGGCCAGGCCCCCCGGGGUCUCCCCGCCCCUUUGGGCUCAGCAGAGCGGAGGUGAAACCUGAACCCAGGUUGGGGGCGGGGCUGGCUCCUGCUCUGGACGGGGCUGGCCUGCGCCUCCACCCCCUUCCCCUGCACCCCGGCCGGCUUCUGGAAGAGGAAGGUCGGGGUCCCCGAGCCGCUGAAGCAGGGACAGCGAUGGAGCCUGCAGCCCGGGGUCGCGCCCCGCCCUGAGCGCCCCGGCCGGCAGCCAUGCUGCCCCGAGGGCGUCCCCGGGCGCUGGGGGCCGCGGCGUUGCUGCUCCUGCUGCUUCUGAUCGGAUUCUUCCAGUUCGGCGGGGACGUGGAGUGUGAGCGCGGCGAGCGAGGAGGCGAGCGGAGGGGCCCGGGAUCCUUCCCCGGCCCGCUGACGCCACGUGUCUCAACAGACGGGAGGCCUCGGGGGUCUGCUGCCCUCGACGGAGAGCUGUCUGCGGACCGCGGGGGCCACAACCGCUCGGACUGCGUCCCGCCGCGGCCGCCGCUGCCCAAGUGCGAGCUCUUGCACGUGGCCAUCGUGUGUGCGGGACAGAACUCCAGCCGAGACCUCGUCACCCUGGUGAAAUCCGUGCUCUUCUACAGGAAAAAUCCACUGCACUUCCAUUUGGUGACUGAUACCAUGGCCAGGAAUAUUCUGGAGAUGCUCUUCCACACGUGGAUGGUGCCCGCUGUCUGGGUCAGCUUCUAUGACGCAGAGGAGCUCAAGCCCCAGGUCUCCUGGAUCCCCAACAAGCACUACUCUGGCCUGUACGGGCUAAUGAAGUUGGUGCUGCCUGCCACCCUGCCCCCUGACCUGGCCCGUGUCAUUGUCCUGGACACAGAUGUCACCUUCGCUUCUGAUAUCGCAGAACUCUGGGCACUGUUUGCUCACUUUUCUGACAAGCAGGUGAUCGGUCUUGUGGAGAACCAGAGCGACUGGUACCUGGGCAACCUCUGGAGGAACCACAGGCCCUGGCCUGCCUUGGGCCGGGGAUUUAACACAGGUGUGAUCCUCCUGCGGCUGGACCGGCUCCGGCAGGCUGGCUGGGAGCAGAUGUGGAAGCUGACGGCCACGCGGGAGCUCCUCACCCUGCCCGCCACCUCACUGGCCGACCAGGACAUCUUCAAUGCCGUAAUCAAGGAGCACCCCAGGUUGGUGCAGCCCCUGCCCUGCGUCUGGAACGUUCAGCUGUCAGACCACACGCUGGCUGAGCGUUGCUACUCGGAGGCGUCUGAUCUCAAGGUAAUCCACUGGAACUCCCCCAAGAAGCUGCGGGUGAAGAACAAGCAUGUGGACCACUUCCGCAACCUCUACCUGACCUUCCUGGAGUAUGACGGGAACCUGCUGCGGAGAGAGCUCUUCGGGUGCCCCAGCCCGCCCCCGUCUGGGGCAGAGCAGGUGCAGCGGGCCCUGGCCCAGCUGGACGAGGAAGAUGCCUGCUUCGAGUUCCGGCAGCAGCAGCUCACCGUGCACCGCGUGCACGUCACCUUCCUGCCCCUCGAGCCGCCGCUUCCCCGGCCUCACGAUGUCACCCUGGUGGCCCAGCUCUCCAUUGACCGGCUGCAGAUGCUGGAAGCCCUGUGCAGGCACUGGCCGGGCCCCAUGAGCCUGGCCUUGUACCUCACAGACGCAGAGGCCCAGCAGUUCCUGCGUUUCGUCGAGGCCUCGGCAGUGCUCUCUGCCCGGCAGAACGUGGCCUACCACGUGGUGUACCGUGAGGGUCCCCUCUACCCCGUCAACCAGCUGCGUAACGUGGCCUUGGCCCAGGCCCUCACGCCUUACGUCUUCCUCAGCGACAUUGACUUCCUGCCUGCCUAUUCCCUCUACGACUACCUCAGGGCCUCCAUCGAGCAGCUGAAGCUGGGCAGAGAGCGGAAAGCGGCUCUGGUGGUGCCGGCAUUCGAGACCCUACGCUACCGCUUCAGCUUCCCCAGCUCCAAGGCCGAACUGCUGGCCUUGCUGGACUCUGGCUCCCUCUACACCUUCAGGUACCACGAGUGGCCCCAGGGUCACGCGCCCACAGACUACGCCCGCUGGCGGGAGGCUCAGACCCCAUACCGUGUGCAGUGGGCAGCUGACUACGAGCCCUAUGUGGUCGUGCCUCGCGACUGUCCCCGCUAUGACCCCCGAUUUGUGGGCUUUGGCUGGAACAAGGUGGCCCACAUUGUGGAGCUGGAUGCCCAGGAGUAUGAGCUCCUGGUGCUGCCCGAGGCCUUCGCCAUCCACCUGCCACACGCCCCAAGCCUUGACAUCUCUCGCUUCCGCUCCAGCCCCACCUAUCGUGACUGCCUCCAGGCCCUGAAGGAUGAGUUCCACCAGGACUUGUCCCGUCACUAUGGGGCUGCUGCCCUCAAAUACCUCACGGCCCUGCAGCAGCCCCGAGGCCCCGCCUGACCCCCCGGAGGCUGGGCCUGCGUGGCUCACCCCCAUCCUCCCCCUUGGCUCUCACAGGCUCCCUGCGGACACUGGAACACCCUGGCCACCUUCCCCCCUGCUCCCCGUUAUUUAAAUUAUUGAAAGUCUCAGUGGAAAGGGCUUCAGUUGGAGCACCUGUGGGGUGGGUCCUGGGGGCUUCCUUCCCCUUGCUGCUAUCUAUGGCUGGGGCCUACUUUCCUGGUGCCCCAGCUGUUUGGGGCUGGUUCCCCCGUCUUCAUCUGUACAUCCCUUUUUCGUAAUUAAAGUGCUUCAAGCUCGC